ACUUUCGCUUGGGAGUGAAAAACAGCGCUCCUCACAUCAGGAAUUAACCGAAAGACAUAUAAUAAAUAGAUAUAUAUUAUAGUCCUGGGCUGCUAGGUUUUUUUUCUUCUUUUUUCCCACGAUCUACUAGCAAAUAAUUAUUUGGCGGGAGGGGAGAAGGAGAAAACGAGUAACAACAAAAGGGAAAAAAAAGGACAAGUUGUACAAUCCUUAAAACCUGUGGCUGGUAGUAAUGGAUCAGUUGAUUCUGCAGAGGCGGCGAACGAUUGCCCCCCCUCUAAUCUCAUUAGGGUUGCAAAGCAGCCCAAUUAGAUACUAUAAAACAAACAGAAUCACUUUGUCAGUUUAAUGUUUUCACUUCAAAAGAUUUAGGACCGAUAAAAUGCUGGCUCCCAAAGUUACCUCCGACCUCUAAGACUGUUCUCCAAACUGAGUUUCUCUUUUAUCCGUUUCUGCCCCCUCUCCCACCCUUGGGCGCCCCGCUUUUCUCCAUUGUUCAUUCGCCCUUCCUUUCAGAAAGCCAAAUAAACAACGCCUCUGAUGCACGGCGGCUGCCGGCGAGGGGGAAGUCUGAGAACUCUGGCUUGGCGGGCCGCACAGAUGGAAGGGCCUGGCAGUCUGCGGACAACAGGCUCAGUAGUGCGGCUAGCCCACUUGGGGCUCUUGCCCUUUGGGGACAGCUACGUCCUGGCCGCAGCCUUGCCAAGGCUGGUUCCUCAGCAGUGCUCCGGGCCCGAGAUGGUGAAGAAGGGAAAGCAUGGAGUUGGGGCCCUCCUGGCUACGACCCAGAGUUCCGACCCCGUUUCUUGGCCUGCUGGCCUGCCCGGGCACAUGCAUAGGCAGCCACCCGUGGAAGAGCGACUGCGAGCCUGGAGCGUCCCUGGUCACCAGCAUCGACACCCAAGGAGGCGUAGACAUUCGACUCUGGGGCCCAUCUGCUCGCAGACAAGGGUCACGUCGGGGCACACUGCCCACCCUAGGUCCGCGGGCCUCGGAGAGCCAACGCCGAGUGGGCCGCCCAGGUGUCCUCGGGUCCCUCCCCGCUUUCCCACCGAGCUUGCACGCAAGCACACGCUCCUGGCCCUCUGCGGGCGCGCGCGAGCCGGCCGCGCGCCCCCGGAAUCUAUAUUUUCCCCUCAUUAGGAGCCUGAGUUUCGCGUUUGCAUCUUAAUGAGUAGCUGGGAGCGCGCGGGGACCUCCACGUGAGCGGCCGCCCCGAGAUGGAGCCUCUCAGCGCCCGCUCCGGCCUCGACCGCGCUCCCCUCUUCAUUUAUUUAUUCUCCUAAAUAAAAACAUAAAUCGU